AUGGAUUUCAAAGUUUUUGGUGAUGUAUUGGCAUUUGAUGCAACAUAUGGGACGAACAAAUACCGUUACCCCUUAGUGAUGUUUUAUGGAGUUAAUAACCAUAACCAUAAUAUUAUAUUUGGCGGUGCUAUUGUUGCAAAUGAAAAAGAAGAAACAUAUGUGUGGGUUCUUGAACAAAUUUUGGAAGCAAUGUCAGGUAAGUCGCCUAUAUCUGUCAUUACUGAUGGCGAUCUUGCAAUGAAGAAAGCUAUAAAAAAUGUGUUUCUGAAUGCUUAUCAUAGGUUGUGUGCUUGGCAUCUAAUUCGCAAUGCAAUGCCUAACAUUGGAGUUCCUGAAUUUGUUAGUCAGUUUAGGAAAUGCAUGUUGGGUGACUAUGACCUGGGUGAGUUUCGGCGCAAGUGGGCUGACAUGAUUGACGCAUUUGGGUUGCAUGACAACAAGUGGGUUACAGAACUGUAUGCAAAGAGAAAGACGUGGGCUACAGCUCAUGUACGCGGAAAAAAUUUUGCUGGGUUCAGAACUACCUCCCGGUGUGAGGGGUUACAUUCAGAAAUGGGGAAGUUUCUUCACUCACGAUAUAAUUUAAGUGACUUUUUAUUACAUUUUCAUCGGUGUCUUAAUUACAUGCGUUAUAAGGAGGUAGAAGCUGACUUUCUAUCAAAUUACGGUGAUCCUGUGCUACAAACAAGAUUUCGAAGCAUGGAGUGUUACGCUGGGAAGUUAUUUACUAGAGAAAUAUUCUUUAUGUUUUGUGAUCUUCUUGCACGGUCUGCGGAGAUGGUAGUGGAAACAUGUCAUCAAACUUAUACUUGUAUCAUAUACACAGUUCGCAAGUACCAAACAUCAAAAAGGGAGUGGAACAUAUCAUUCUAUCUUGAUGAUGACAUGUUUAAAUGUUCUUGCAAGAAGAUGGAAUCAUUUGGCCUCCCCUGUGAGCAUAUUAUUGCACUAUUGAUCUUUUUAGAUGUCGUAGAAUUGCCAAAGACUCUGGUGGCAGAUCGGUGGACAAAGAACGUGAAGGAAGAAAUAUGUAGAACAAAUAAGCAUCUUCCAAAAUAUUGA